AUGGAGAUUCUGGGCAAAGGCCAAGAGGGCUCCGUCACCUGCCCGGUCAUCUCCACCAACCCCCGGUUCAUCUGCGUCACGGCAAAGUCUCCCAAAGCAAACGCCCAGUUUGUGCUGCCCGAGACCUGCACCAUCCAGCAGUUCAAGGAAGAUAUCGCCAAGCGCUUCCACUGCGAGGCCAGCCAGCUGGUGCUGGUGUUUUUCGGGAGGAUCCUGAAGGAUCCAGCCACCCUCUGGCAGUGCGGGAUCCAUGAUGGGAUGACCGUCCACCUGGUGAUCAGGUCCCAGCAGAGAGACCAGGAAGACCCCCCUCCGCUGCCUUACGUGCCCAGGACCCCCGUGUGCGCCCAGGUGCCGUCCCAUGGCACCCUCAGCUCUGCCCCGUUCAGCCUGAGCUGCCAAGGCUUCUGGGGGACUCCGGAGGCAAACCUGGCGAACGCCGAAUGGCCACCGGUGCCCACAUCGGAGAUGAUAGUCCAGAAGGUGCGGCAAGUGAUCCUGGCCAACCCGGAGAUCCAGCAACUGGCUCAGCAGGUCCCGUCCAUCGGCCACAUCCUGAAUAACGCCGACAUCAUGCGAGUGAUCCUGGACAAGAUGCGGGAGAUCAUGGACCUGGCCCGGAACCCCGAGAUGAUGCAAGAUUGGAAGAGUUCGGACCAAGCCCUGGUCAGUCUCCAGAGCAACAUCCCUGGCGGGGACAAUCCCUUGAGGCAACUGAACAGUGAGAUGCAGGAGCCGGGGCUGAGCAUGGUGCAGGACUGCUUCGUGCCCAACUCAUAUGCCACCUUGGUGCGAAGCCCUUGCCAGUACCCAGAGCACGGCACCCUCAGGGGGCAGGGGCCCUGCCCGGGAAGCCAGGACUGCGUGGCCCCCCGUCCCCUGGCCUCUGACAGCACCACCAGCUUUUGUAGUGAUGAGGGCGGCGUCUCCAACGUCUGGGUCACCCCUGUGGAGCCCAGCCCCUCCGUGCCCAGCCUUGCACCCUGCUCAGGGGCGGAGCCAUUUGGGACGGGGGGCGUCCUGAACCCGGACCCUGCCGAGAUCCCCAUGAUGAUCGUGAACCUCUGCAACGCGUACACCAAGCGCGUGAUGAUCUCCCUCAUGCAGAAAGCACUGCUGGCCUCCCAGAACGGGCAGGUGGGGCAGCUGGAGCACAUCAAGGACCAGGUGAGCAGCCUCUCCCAGCAGAUGCAGAGCCCGGAGAUGACUGCGGCCAUGUCCAACCCCACCGCCAUCCAGGCCUGGGUGCAGAUGGAGCAGGGCCUGCAGACGCUCCUGGCAGAAGCGCCCGUCCUCGUCCCGUGGUUCAUGUUGCGGUUGCGAGGUCUGGAGAACACGGCCAGCGGCGGCCAGGGGACUGGGGCCCCUUCCUGCCAAGGCACGGCCAUUGCUGAGUAG